UACGUUGUCGUAGCUCACGACUGUACUAGCGCUGGGCUGACGGAGUAGCAAGACUGACUCGAGCGUCGAGUGAGGGCAGAAAAGCAACACACACAAAAAAACAUUACUUUUUUUUAGCUCGGUGGGGCAAAGGGCGUUUUUUAAAGAUAGUAGGUGUCAAUCAAUCCACACUUCCAUUAAUCGUGUUGGCAGCGUUACAAAUAGAGAUCAGUGUCUUUUGAGUUAAUUUAGUGGUUUGGAGCUGUCUUCGUCUUUCUCCCCACCACCACCACUCGAAAGUUCGCAACGAUGAGCUUCUUAUUUGGAAAUCGCUCAUCCAAGACCUUCAAGCCGAAGAAAAACAUCCCCGAAGGUUCACAUCAGUAUGAGCUGUUGAAACACGCGGAGGCCACUCUCGGUAGUGGGAAUUUGAGACAAGCUGUGAUGCUACCGGAGGGAGAGGAUCUUAACGAGUGGAUUGCAGUGAACACUGUGGAUUUCUUCAACCAGAUCAACAUGUUAUAUGGCACCAUCACAGAGUUCUGCACUGAGACAAGCUGCUCGGUGAUGUCAGCAGGACCAAGGUAUGAGUACCACUGGGCAGAUGGCACCAACAUCAAGAAGCCAAUCAAGUGCUCCGCUCCCAAGUACAUUGACUACCUGAUGACCUGGGUGCAGGAUCAGCUGGAUGAUGAGACGCUCUUCCCUUCCAAAAUAGGAGUGCCUUUCCCUAAGAACUUUAUGUCUGUGGCCAAGACCAUCCUGAAGCGCCUGUUCAGAGUCUACGCUCACAUCUACCACCAGCACUUUGACUCUGUGAUGCAGCUGCAGGAGGAGGCCCACCUCAACACCUCCUUCAAACACUUCAUCUUCUUCGUCCAGGAGUUCAGCCUUAUUGACCGGCGUGAACUGGCCCCCCUGCAGGACCUGAUUGAAAAGCUGGGCUCCAAGGACAGAUAGACAACCUCUUUUCUCUUCCUCUCUUUUCUCCUCCACUCUCUCUCUCUCUCUCCCUCCCCCUCCUUCGCCCUUUCCCCCCUCUCUCUCUCUUUCUCUCUCUCUCCCUCUCCCUCCCUCUCCCUCCCCUCUCCCCCUCUCUCUCUCCUUCUCUGACUACUACCUCUCUCGCUCUUCAUGUGCUCACUCUUUCACUUUGUGCCUUCCAUCUUUCUUCACCGUUAUUGUUUUGUUUUUUCUCAACCGUUCUGUCUCACUUUUUGCUUUCCUUUGUAGUCUCCAUAUUGUUUUAAAGGUGUGCGAUGUCAGAGAUCACGUUAGUCUUUUAGAUAAGAUACCAGAGAGUAUAGUAUAUUAAAUAUGUUUUUGGUUUAACACUUCUAUAAUUGGGACCUACCGCCUUGUUCUUCGUGGACCAAGAUGUUUCUGGGGUCGAAAUGCAAACCAGCUGUUUGACUUUUCUUUUUUUUUUUUGCGUUUUGAACAUCAGUUUUGUUUAGAAUUCAAGUGUUAGUAGUAAUGUAUAACAAUUUUCUGUUUUGAAUGUGAAUCUGGUUUGCCUGGUUAUUUCACUUUUUCACAAAGGGUGACUGAAAUAGAAAAAGGUUGUUUAUAAUGUCAGUUUUACAAUGAGACUUUUGAUAAACUUGAUAAUAGAUAUUCUUCCAAUAUUUCUAAAGAAUCUGAAAUUAUAUUUGUACGUUGUAGUAAACCACUUAGAGAUGAUAGGAUGUAAACCAAGCAGUGUCAUCGAGUGACAUUUCUAUAAAUUAACAUGAAACUUCUCAUGAACGAUAGUUUAAAACUUUGUUUGUUUUACUGUCAUUUCAGUCAAAUGUGCCUCAAUUCAGUUUUUUUUGCUACAAUAAUUUGUGGAUGUGUUUUGUGCAUGCUGGUACUUUUAAUAUCAAGUCAAUAUUUUAUUAAACUCAAUUUAGAUUUUUAUCCCCAGCAUACAUAAUGCAAUAAUUGCAAAUGUUCCAGUACCUAAGAAAGAUGACUGUACAUGAGAUGUAUGUCGUUAUUUUUCUUUUAUAAAUGAUUGUUUGUCCAAAUGUGGUAUGAUACUGUUCAUACUGAUCUUCUCCAGUGUUUCCAGCACAGAUGAGUGAAACAGCAGGGCUGUUUUAUCCACGCCACCUUGUCACCCAAAAGCUACUUUUUGUCAUCCAAUUUCAUAAACACCACCUACAAAUCUUGUUUUUCAUUACUCUUAACGAGUUGCAUGACAUGUUUCUGCAGUCUGAAACUAAGUCAGUCUCAGACAAUCAACAUCCCUUGUAGAUUUAUAGGAUCGUUGUCAAAAUGCAUGAAUUGAAUGUGUUGUGAAGGGGCUCGUAAUUUGACUGAUUUGACCACACGCUCGCCUUAGGCCUAGUUUGAUUAGAAUGUGUAUUUCUGUCUUACUCUUUUAUUCUGCUUUCUCUUAUAUAUGCGUUUAAAAAAUCUUGUUGGAAUGCUAUCCAUUUGAGUUACAUUUCAUAUUUUAUAAUUCAGAAUGCAAUAUUUGUAAGAGUAAAAUGGGAAACUUUUGAUCGGAUGAACAUUUUAAAAUUAAUUUGGCAUUUUGAUGGACAUUUCAUGUGUGUCCUUUUCUGCUGUAAAUAUGAUAAUUGACAGUACAUUAUCUGAACAAAACUGUGCCUUAUUAAAGAGAAAAUGAGUCUGAUAUGACAGUAUUGGUAGGAGAAAAGCUAAAUAAACAUUGAUGAGACA